AUGCGGUCGAAACCGGGCAAAUACGGGAUUAAAAUUUGGUGUUUAUCAUGUGUAAAAUGUUAAUAUAUUUGCAACGUAGAUAUCUACACCGGAAAGAAAGGAAAUAAAUCCGAGAAGGGCCAAGGAAAACGUGUCGUGGAGCAGCUAAUUGAACCAUUCACCAACGAGUGGAGAGAGGUCACAACUGACAACUUUUUCACUUCGUUGGAGUUUGCCGAAAGGCUUUGGGAAAAACAAACUCUUAUCACCGGGACUGUGCGACAAAACAAACCGAGUAUUCCACCUGAGUUUGUGACAUGUAAAGGACGAGAUCAACCUGGAGUAACUUUGGAGGCAUUCAACGGUCAAGCAACGUUGACUUCAUUUGUAGACGGGAAAAAAAAACCGGUGAUUAUUCUGACGACAACCACCAUCCGGCGUUCAGAAUCAGGAAAGAAACCGGCAAUCGUUUUGCAUUAUAAUGCGACGAAAGGAGCCGUAGACGCCGGAGAUUUCAUAACAAGAAAAAAUAAUUGCGUCCGAAAGACACGCGUGUGGACCAAAAAGGUAAUUAUGGAAUUGAUCAGCAUCGCUACGCUGAAUGCAAGCUGUCUAUUCCAUAUGAAAUAUCCUUUAUUCCACAAAGGAGAUAAACGUUGGAGGACAGAAUACCUCAAACAGUUGGUCAACGAACUAGUUCGAGGUAAUGUGGAGGAUCGACUCAAAUCGCCAUAUUUAGCAGCAUCAAUUAAGAAGCUGCUGACCAAAUUCCUUGAACUGCCAGUUGAACAUUAUAAAAAUGACAGCAACUAUCAAUUUGCGGACGAAUUAUCAUAA